AUGGAGAUCUACGGCAUGCUGGGUGAGAAACUGGGGACGAUAGGCAAGCCUGAGAAGAAGGCAGAGGACGGGGCUGCAGAGGCUAGACUCCCCCAAUGGAAAAAGGAUCUCUUGCAGAAACCCUCCAUUUCGGUGCGGAAAGGCAUUGCGUGGGGAUAUACUCCUCCCUACGAAGACACUGAUACGCUUGUCCUGACAUCCCCUCAAUCGUCCUUCGUCGACAUCAGGUUCCCCGUCAAGCAACAGUUGUCGAAGCCAAUAGCAUCGGACCCUUCUUUCUGGGCGUUUGCUGGAACGUCCCAUAUGACAUUUGCGCCCUUCGCGGGUGAUACGAUUACGAUGCCUUACUCGGCACACUGCGUGUGGAAGCACGAUAUCGACUCCAAGGGCCCGGGCAUCACUGACGAGGGGGAUUUGUUCUUGCUCCCUAACGGCGACUGCAUGGAGGUGGGGAUGAUGCAGAACCCACAGACAGGUAAGGUCGAGAUGUACAAGGAAUAUUGGACAGGUCCACCCACCGGUGUGACUCCAACAAUCAGGACGCCUUGCGUGGUUGCGAAGACGCAAGCUCCGUCGGACGGUCAGAAAGCGCAGGACGCUCUCAGAGACGAGUCUGGAGUCAUCGUCAGGGUAGGCAACUACUGUCAAGGCAUCAUGCGUCAGCGCACAGCGGAACAAGGUCGGCCUGAAGGAGCAGAUGCGAUCCUGGUUGAGAGGUGGACUCGAAGUCUCGUCGAGACCGAGCAAAGAUCAACUGCCGCUGGUACUUCGGACGGGCCCAGCGAUGCAGCGGGUUGGGUGCAGGACUGGCGCAGCAACACGCCUUGUGACAACGGCGUGUUCAUGCCAUGUAUGUGGACUUGCGACGGAAAUAGGCAGCUCGGAGAUGAAAUCGUCGUUAAGGGCGUCACCUGGAGAGUCGUGGAAUUGGUGACCGAGGAGGCCUGACCACUGGACGCAGAC